CUGUAAAAUUAAAUGAAUUGGGACUUCUCUAAAAUGUUAGACAUGUAACUGUCGCUAUCACUAAUUUGACACAUUAUUCAGCGUGUAUCAUUUUAGGAUUCCAUUUGAAAGUGUAAGGUAGGAGAGAAAUGGAUAGGCAUAUGGGGAUACAAUUAUUUAAUUUAUAGGCGAGAUGAUGAAUGAGUGAUCGGCAACACUAUGAAUGUCCCGCCUACUUCCUGGAUCAUGCCCACUGUUUUUGAAUGGCAUUCAAAAUUAUAUUAAUCAAAUUCAUGAAAACGCAGUCAUUGAAGAUGUAUGUAAAAUUAUAUUCGUGGAUUAAUUUACUUAUAUCUGAUGCCUUUCAUGAACGUUUUCAUUGUUUGUAAUUGAAUACCUUCAUAACGAAUAGAAUUAUACAUAUAUCUUAAAAUAUAUAUUUCACAGGGACCUGCUGCGGACUGUGAGGCAGGUUGUUACUGUGAGUGAGUGGUUGGGGGGACCGGAUGGGUGUGUGUGUGUGAGUUGAGAGAGCACUACAGCUACUGGCACGCGCGCACGUAGUGACAUACAUUGCAGAAUAACUUAUUCCCUUCCCUUUAAUGUUACAGUUUUCCUCUAAUGUAGACGUUGUCUGGAGAGCUGCUGGAGUAGAUGAACUGUUGGCAUCCCGAGUGGCGCAGCGGUCUAAAGCACAGCUUGCAAUAAUGAUUAUGAAAACUGAAUUUAGCUUCCAACAUCGUUACAAGUUACUACGAUAAUAUUUGUCUCGGUAACAUUAUGGAAAAGGGGUUUACAAUAUAAAUGGCAACUCCUCUUGCUGUGAAAAAAAGGAGCUUGUUUUCAGGCCUUUUGGGCACUUUAUGAGUUGUCAUUGGUCUGGAAAUUUGCUUGACCUGGCAACCCUGCUCUUAGAGAGAAGGGGGAUAUCUGUCAGAAGUAAAACAUAGCAUUUUGUAUUUCAGAUCUGUUUCUCCAUUUCCUCAACACGGACAAUUUCCCUGUUUAAACAUCCUGACUUCCAUUCAUCUGUGAUCAUUAUUCAUAACUUCAAUAUUGAACCAACAUGGCCAUGUUCUACUUCUGACAUACAUCCUCCCUCUUUCCUUGAAGUAAGCACAUAAUUACAAGAGUAAGCAAUGGUUCUUUAUAUUAUAUAGCUUUUGCCUAUCCAUAUUGUAUAAAAUUUGUUCAUGUCUGCCUGUCGGUCUGUAAGAUGGGGUAUAUGCAGGAAGAGGAGCACACCACCAACAUGUUACACCUGAAGAGGUCGCCUGGGAUCCGCUCCUGGUCGCUGCUCAUAGGUAUUGCGUCCAUUGGCCUGGCUGCUGCAUACUACAGACUGUAUCCUGUGGAAGCUUUUCUACGUGACGGGCUGUCUGUUCGUGGCCAUGCAGAACAUGGAGGAGUGGGAGGAGGCAGUGUUUGAUAAAACCAAGAAAGUGAUAGAGCUGUAGACCUUCAGUCUGUAUGGUCUGAUUCUCACCAUGUGUAGCAGAGGCCAGGAGAAAGUGGUGAUGGACAUGAGGCACCUGCGUGACGUAUGUGUUCAGGAGGAGAAGGUGCGCUACCUAGGGAAGGGAUACCUGCUGGUGCUGCGACUGGCUACAGGUUUCUCCUACCCCCUCACACAGAGCGCCACCAUGGGGGGACACAGUGAUGUGGAGGCAGUGGCUUCGUUGCUCAAGCGUUUCCUGGGUCUGGAGGAGCUGCAGUGUCACUGGGAGCAGGAGGAAGAGGCAGUCAGGGAGGAAGAUGAACUGAACCCCAGCACUGACUCCGGAGAAGAGGGUGACUCAGUGCAGUAGAAGGAAAAGAGAUGAGGGGAAGCCACAGCAGACUUGAAAUGCACCCAAAUAUAUUUUACAGCAUUUUGUAGUAUCCCUGAUACUAUAAAUUGCCUUAAAUACACUUCAAUGGUAGAGUUUUCCACAGAAUAUUUAAACAAAGUCAUAGUUUGU